CCAUGCCUCCCUUUCGCCCUAGUGCUUCUGCUAGUGCUAGUGCUUCUACUUCUACUCCUCCUAGUGGCACUAUUACCUUUGGCCCUAGAGUUCGGAAAUCCAGGUUGGAUAGUUAUUUUGUGCCGCGUAGUACUCCUGGGGCACAACCCUCGCUUGAGAGCAUGGGUUGGAACAAGGAGGUUCAUGAUGCUGCAAGAAAACAAAUUUGCAAGUUUUGGUACUUUUGCAACAUUCCAUUUAUUGCAGCCAGGUCUCCUUAUUGGCAAGGCAUGGUAGAUUCCAUAACCAUUUGUGGUGCGGGGUUUAAAGCCCCUACCGAUGCUGAGUUAAGUGGCCCCCUCUUGUUACAAAUGGUUGAGGAUAUGAAAGUUGAGCUAGAGGACCACCGACAGUCUUGGAGCCAAAAGGGUUGCACCAUCAUGACAGAUGGUUGGAUGGAUAGGAGGAAUAGAACACUCAUAAAUUUUCUUGUUUCCUGUGGAGGUGAUUGAUCAUGAUUCAUUCUAAUUUGUACUUCCCUAAAUGCAUUGAAUAAAUUAAAUUUUGAUUUGUUGAAAGUUUGAAACUCUAUUUUCAGGAUCCACCAUGUUCUUGAAGUCUAUUGAUGCUUCCUCACAUGUGAAAAAUGCCACAUACUUAUGUGAGGCUAUUGAGGAAGUCAUACAAGAGG